AUGGUGUUGGAGGUGCUUAGAACUGAAAAAUUGUAUGCUAACCUAGAAAAGUGCACCUUUUGCACCGACAAGCUUGUGUUCAUGGGCUUUGUUGUUUCAGGGCAGGGAGUAGAGGUGGAUGAAUCCAAGAUUGAAGCUAUCAAGAAUUGGCCUACUCCUAUCAAUGUGAGCCAAGUGAGAAGCUUUCAUGGUCUUGCCGGCUUCUACCGGCGCUUUGUGAAGAAUUUCAGCACCAUUGCAGCCCCAUUGAAUGAGCUAACCAAGAAGGGUGUUGAAUUUGUGUGGGGAAUUACAUAUGGGUGGAUUGAUGGGUCACUUUGGGGAGACAAGACUUGCUGCUGA